CAGGCCACCACCACCACCACCACCACCGCGGCCAGCAGGAGGUUGUCAGGCCACCACCACCACCACCACCACCGCGGCCAGCAGGAGGUUGUCAGGCCACCACCACCACCACCACCACCGCGGCCAGCAGGAGGUUGUCAGGCCACCACCACCACCACCACCACCACCGCGGCCAGCAGGAGGUUGUCAGGCCACCACCACCACCACCACCACCGCGGCCAGCAGGAGGUUGUCAGGCCACCACCACCACCACCACCACCGCGGCCAGCAGGAGGUUGUCAGGCCACCACCACCACCACCACCACCGCGGCCAGCAGGAGGUUGUCAGGCCACCACCACCACCACCACCACCGCGGCCAGCAGGAGGUUGUCAGGCCACCACCACCACCACCACCACCGCGGCCAGCAGGAGGUUGUCAGGCCACCACCACCACCACCACCACCGCGGCCAGCAGGAGGUUGUCAGGCCACCACCACCACCACCAGCAGCAGCAGCAGCAGCGGCAUGGCGUCUGCAGGGAAGGGGCCGGGUGACAACCCCGAGGAGUGUCCAGUGUGCCUGACAGGCUUUGAUGACUUAGUACAGCGGCCACGCAGUCUGCCCUGUGGCCACACAGUCUGCACACUGUGCACAGAUAAGCUGAAGGAGCAGGGCCGUGUUACCUGUCCGGAGUGCCGCGUCAGCCAUGCCGUGCCCGAGGGCGGGCAGUUCCCUGUCAGCUAUAUAGCUGAGGCCUUAAUAAGAAGGCUGAGAGAUGGCAAGGCGGCGGAGGCCUCGCCGCCACCCAGUGCCGGGAAGGGGAAAGGGGCAGCAGGAUCAGCUGGCAAGAAGGGAGCAGCGGGUCUCUCCAAGAAAAUGCGUUCCUUUCUGCAGGAACAGGAGGCCACAGUUGUGGCCGCCAUCACCGCCUGCCAGGAGGCUCAGUCCCAGCUGGACCAGUAUGAGGCCACCCUGACAGGCUGGGUCGAGCGGCAGCAGCAGCUGGAGGACAGCCUCCAGGGACUGAUGGACCAGAGCAGGAGUUCCAGGGAGCUCCUGCAGCAGGAAAAGUUCCGUGUGGCACCGAAGAGGAAGGAGACAAAGAAGAAGGAGCAGGAGCUGCAGGCUGUGCGGGAGAAGUUGCGCACUCCUGCAACAGAGCAAGAGGCACUCAAGGUUGUGGGAACAGUUAUUCAGUGCACCGGUGAGGCGGAGCAGGUGUUGGAGGAGUGCCAGCAGUGUUUCCCUGACGCCGGCAUCCUCACCACCGCCAGGAAGGUGAGAGAGGCAUCUAGUGCAGCCCUGGAGGCCGCCAAGGCUGUCCAGGCGGCUUGGGAAACAGUUUCUACAGAAGAACCCAGGCCCCAGUCAGUCCCAGAAGAACCCAGGCCCCAGUCAGUCCCAGAAGAACCCAGGCCCCAGUCAGUCCCAGAAGAACCCAGGCCCCAGUCAGACCCAGAAGAGCCCAGUUCCCAGUCAGACCCAGACCUCACCAUCAUGGAAAAAGUGCAGUUCAUCUUAGAGCCAAGCUUGAAGGCCGAGGACUUCCGCAGUCUGACACAGCGCACCAGGAGCCUGCUGCAGGCUGGCUGGGUGUUUGCUGUGCACCAGGUGGAAGGUCAGCGCCGACACGCAAGAAUAAGCCUCGAAGCCGGCCGGCCGUGCCUCCAUGCCCUGGCGGACCAUCCCCCGCCACUGGGCGCGGCAACCCUGCAGGUCAGCCAGGUCGUGCCGCCCUCCCCCCCCUGCACGGUGUUCCUGGACCUGUCCUGGCCGGGCCGUGCGCCGCGCCGGGUCCACAUCCGUCUGAGCCCCGACACCCAGCGGGGCCGCCAGUUCCUGAUGCUGUGCACGGGGCAGCGCGGCCCCUCCUACCGCGGCACCAGGCUGUACGAGGUGUGGUGCAAGGGGAGGCCGGGAGAGUGUGUGUGGGGCGGGGACUACGAGAGUAAUGAUGGUAAGGGGGAAUGUGUGCUGCUGCCUGGCCUUGAGGAGGGUGGGGAGGGGAGGCCAUGGCGGGCAGGGGAUGUGUGGGGGAGGGGGAGGCAGGGUGUGUUUGCCAUCACCACCAGGGACCGUCAGGGUUUUGUGUUGCCUUGUUGUUUCUUCGGUGAGGUGGUGGAGGGACUGCACGUGGUGGCCGAGGCAGCCCAACACAGCGACAUUAAGGAGGUGACUGUGGUGGACUGUGGCGUGGUGCUGUAAGGGUAUACUGGCCUGCACCACCACCACCACCACCACCACAACAUUAAGGAGGUGACUGUGGUGGACUGUGGCGUGGUGCUGUAAGGGUAUACUGGCCUGCACCACCACCACCACCACCACCACAACAUUAAGGAGGUGACUGUGGUGGACUGUGGCGUGGUGCUGUAAGGGUAUACUGGCCUGCACCACCACCACCACCACCACCACCACAACAUUAUAGAGGAAAUUGUGGUGGACUGUGUGGUGUUGAGGGUACUGGCCUGCACCACCACCACAACAUUAUAGAGGAAAUUGUGGUGGACUGUGUGGUGUUGAGGGUACUGGCCUGCACCACCACCACCACCACCACCACAGCAUUAUAGAGGAGAUUGUGGUGGACUGUGUGUGGUGUUGAGGGUACUGGCCUGCACCACCACCACAACAUUAUAGAGGAAAUUGUGGUGGACUGUGUGUGGUGUUGAGGGUACUGGUCUGCACCACCACCACCACCACCACCACAUUAAGGAGGAGAUUGUGGUUGUUUUCUUAAUGUAUUGUUGUUGUUUUUAUUUCCUGUAACAUCAAGUUCAGUAUAAUGUGUUGGUCAGUUUCUUGUACUAUUGAGCAUGAUGUUUUGUACUGUACAGUAAUCCCUCCUUAUACACGGAGGUCAGGUUUCAAAUUAGACCGUGCAUUAAGAAAAAUCGUGUAUAACUACAUUAGACACUGGGAAAGGGCAGAAAAUUAAAGUUUACCCUCUUUUACUCAAAUUACUUAGUGUUCUUUUGCUGUGAAUUUCCCUUUUCUUCUAACACUUAAUUUUGAACGAGAACAUUAAUUGUCCGUCAUCCAAGGCUUCAUUAAACCAGUGUUUCUCUACACACAAAGGAAACAGUGUCCGCGCUGGACCUGUUUGCUGCUUCGUGCUGUUAAGUGUGUGUGACCUUCACGGAUGGAAAAAAAUAUCAUUUAUGCAAUAAAAGGAAUUGAAACUGGA